AUGAAUUGGGGGUACCGGAUGAGCAUCGCGGUUGUUGCGUUGGUGAGUGUCUUUGUGGUUGUGUUCUACACGGUGUUACCACCAGGUGCUAAUGCUGUAUCUCCAUUGCCUGUGAUACGUAUUAUUUCAUCUGUACAGCGCCUGACAGACCCUCGAGAAAAGCUGCUGUUUGUUGGUGACGUCCACGGCAGGUACGAUGCAUUGUUGCAACUGAUCGACACCCAGUAUGGUGGCAUAGAUGCUGUGGACGAGCACACAAAGAUUGUUCUGCUGGGGGACUUCUUGAUGAAGGGCCCACAAUCCAAAGAGGUCGCAGACUACAUACUCUCCCACAAAGACAAGAUUGCGUGUCUUCUGGGCAACACUGAAAUCACCGUGUUGCUAUCUGCUGUGAAUCCUUUCUACCGGUUCCGCAUGCGGAACCCGCUCGUGUUCUCGCACAACAAGACCGUCUCAAGUGCCAUGCGGGACAGCGCACACGAACUGAUCUUCGAACCUAAGGGGAAACACCGCGCUAUGGUAUCCGAGCUCGGGUACCCACGGUUGUCCCGUCUUGCAGAACACUGUACGAUCGCUGCAAAGUUCGACCUUACACUGACUGGCUCGACUCUGUACGGUGUGCAUGCGGGGAUGAUCCCUGGCGACUUUUCCGAUGAUGAGCACGCCCUAUCAAGCGUAGCAUCUCUCGUGAACAUGAAGUACGUCAACGGCAAGAACAAGACGCAAACGGCACGGAAACAGAGCUCCCUACCGCACGCGAAGAGGUGGUACAAAUUGUGGGAGGGCACGCGGUCCCCCGUCACGGUGCUCUACGGGCACGACGCAAGCCGCGGACUCAACCUGCGCAAGCACACCAAGGGACUCGACUCUGGGUGUGCCCGUGGCGGGCAAUUGAGUGCUCUAGAGUACUCCUACAACACUGGAGACCACGAGUACACGGCCCAACUGCUACAGGUCCACUGCUGA